AUGGCGCAGAAAUGUGCUAUUUCACAGAAUCACAUCGAAGUCUUGCUUGAGGGAGAUAAGGAAGCUUUGGUGACUGAACAGGCGGAAGGCGAUUCGCUGAAUGAGAGAUUCGUCGACUUGGAGCUCAAGCUAAUGGAAGUUAUUGCCGCAAACAGGGAUCCAAACGUUCAUCCACCGACACAGCAAGACACUGGUCAAGGAGACAAUAUCGCGACGGUGUUGUCGAAGCAAACUGAGCUCAUGAGCAAGCUCUUCGAGGUACAGAGACAGGGUUCAGCAGGAACUCCGGGUGGCAGUCGUACGAAACUGCCACAAUUGAAGCUACCUUCCUUUGACGGAAAGUACACAGAUUGGCCCCACUUCAGGGAUGCAUUUGAGAGUGCCAUACAUGACAAUGAUGAACUUAUGCCGAACCAAAAGAUGCAGUAUCUUAAGAUGAGUCUGUCGGGAAGCGCUGCCGAAGACGUCAGCCACAUUUCUAUCUCCAACGAGAACUACGAAGCCACCUGGGACAGACUAAAGAAGCGUUAUGGAAAGAAAGUUCAUCUUGUCAACGCCUACAUCGAGCAAUUCAUGGCACAAACACAGACGAAGGUGGAGAAUGCUUCUGACCUUCAAGCGGCCAACAGGAAGUACAGACAGAUCAUCGACGGUCUCAAAGCGCUGGGAGAAGAUUGUUUGUCUUUGGAUAUGUGGCUCAUAUAUCUGAUGAAGUCCAACAUGAGUGUGAAGUUCCGCAUGAAGUGGGAAGGGGGCAGGAGUUCAGAUGCAUUGUGCAAGCUGGAUGACUUCUUCGAUUUCUUGACAGAAGAGACGGAUAUCAUGGAGCGUGCGAGUCAGAGCUUCAAACUUACUUCGACUGAGCAGAAGACGUCUGAGCAAAAGACGUCCAAUAAACAGGGAAAGCCUGGCAUCAAGAGCCAUCACACGAAUGCGUCAAAGUGUCCGGAAUGCAACAGCAAUCAUCCGCUUCACCUCUGCGACAAGUUCAAGAGCCUCACGCUCUUCGAGAAGCGCGAGCGAAUGGGGAUUCAUCAUCUCUGUUACAAUUGUAUGAGGACUGGCCAUUCUGUUGCCAAGUGUCAGUCGAAGACCAGCUGCCAGAAAUGCGGGAAGAGGCAUCAUACUCUUCUCCACUCACCGAAAAUGGACCCCGAACCAGAGGAAGUGGCGCCAUCGGUGCCUAAUGCUGCUCCUAAAGCAUCAACUUCGGUGGUCUCUCAGACCACAAACGAGACCCAACAGACUGAGUCCGGACAACCGUCGACGAUCACUACACAUCACUCUGCGAUUAAUCGAAAGGCGCUCUUGCCUACAGCUGUAGUGGACAUCAGGGAUGUACAUGGCAAUCUUCAGGCUUGUCGUGUGCUUAUCGACGGAGGUGGCGAGUGCACAUUGGUGGCUGAAGCCUGUGCGCAACGACUGGGAUUGCCUAGAACAAGGGCAAAAAUAGCGGUGCAGGGUGCUGGUGAAGUCAAGGUGGGCUUCACUAAAGGGAUGAUCGUCAUGGAGUUGUCCUCGCGAUAUGAGCCUCAGAACAAGAUCAAGGUGGAAGCGUACGUUUUCGAGAAAGUGACGUCUAUGUUGCCGUCUACGGACAUCUCGGCGUCGAAGUGGAAACACCUCGAGUGUUUGCAACUCGCUGAUCCUCACUACAAGAUUCCGGGGAAAAUAGACCUCAUCCUUGGGGCAGAAUAUGCGAUGGCCAUAAAUCUGCCGCAGAUUCUGAAGGGCGAACCUGGAGAGCCCGUGGCACAACUCACCAUCUUUGGUUGGGUUGUGGGUGGUCCAAUCAGUGGUCCACUCAAUAGCAUCACCUCUCUUCACACUCGCUGUGAAGAUCUCGACGACUUGUUGAAGCGAUUCUGGGAGGUGGACAACAGUAAUUUGGAGAAAAAGCCGAUUCUCACCGCUGAAGAGUCAGCUUGUGAAGAGCACUUCACAAAGACACACACGAGGGACGACACAGGCCGUUAUGUCGUCAAGCUGCCCUUCAAGGAAGAGCACAAACCGUUGGGCAACUCUACCACAACCGCACUUGCAAGAUUCCAGUCGCUUGAGAGGCGACUAGCGAAGGAUCCGAGCCUCCGGGAGCAGUACGAGGCAUUCAUGGCAGAAUACCUCAGCCUCCGUCACAUGGAGCCAGUGAUUGAUCGGGAUCCUAAGCCAGACGACCAAGUCUACUAUCUACCUCAUCAGGCGGUUCUCAGGCUCUCUAGCGAGACGACGAAGCUUCGGGUGGUGUUUGAUGCGUCAGCCACUACUCGCCCGAGCAAGCCAUCACUCAAUGAUGUACUUGCCAUUGGACCCACGCGCCAGGAAGAUCUCUUGGUGCUUCUUCUGCGCUUCCGGACGUAUCAAGUGGCGAUGACGGCCGACGUAGAGAAAAUGUAUCGGCAAAUUCGAGUAGCCGAGGAGGACACCGAUUUCCAAAGGAUCUAUUGGAGGAGCAAUCCUCAAGAGCAACUGCGAAGUUUCCGACUGCUGACAGUCACCUAUGGGACGUCUUGCGCGCCUUUCCUGGCCGUGAGAGUGCUACAUCAAAUCGCGCACGACUACAUGAAGGAAUAUCCUGAGGCUUGUCGUGCCAUCUUGACAUCGUUUUAUAUGGACGAUCUUCUUUGUGGAGCGGAGUCUGUGGAGCAAGGCAAAAGGCUCCAGGCUGAGAUUCAGGAAGUGCUCCGCAAGGGGCAUUUCAGUCUGCGAAAGUGGGCCUCUAAUUCAUGUGAAGUUCUAGAGGACAUUCAACCAGAGAUGCGAGCGAUCUCUCCCGAUGAAGUGAUGUCGGAGUCGAAGGCUAUUUCAGCUCUUGGUCUGAAGUGGCGCCCUGGGAAGGACGAGUUCUCACUGGUGCUUGAAGAACUUCCUCCAGCCCGUACCAAACGGGACUUGUGCGCAGCGACAGCAAAAGUGUUUGACCCCUUGGGCUUUAUCUCCCCCGUGGUGAUAAAUCUCAAGAUGAUGUUCCAGGCACUGUGGUUGGCGAGUUUGGAAUGGGACGAUCAGCUUCCUGUGGAAAUCGCGGAGGCUUACAAUCAAGUGCAGGCGGAGUUUCACGUGAUUCAGGAUGUGCGUGUGCCUCGUGGACUUCCGUCUGAGAGCAACAUCAUGGAGAUUCAUGGAUUUUCGGACGCCUCUGAACGUGCAUACGGGGCAGUAGUGUAUGUAAAGGGCGUCGAUUCAUCCGGAAACACCAAGAUCAGCAUAGUGAUUGCCAAGUCACGAGUGGCACCGCUAAAACCAAUCACCAUCCCUCGUCUGGAGUUAAAUGCUGCGCUACUGCUUGCUCACUUGAUUGCCAAAGUGAAGGAGGCAGUGACUGACAAACAGAUGAAGAUUUACGCAUGGUCGGACUCCACCAUUGUGCUUCAGUGGCUUCAGGAGUCCCCAAGAACUUGGAACACGUUCGUGGCACACAGGGUGUGUGCUAUUCAGGAGAUUCUCGCGCCCGCUAACUGGCGCCACGUUCCCACUGCGAGCAACCCAGCGGAUUGUAUCUCACGUGGAGUCUCACCGAAAGAGCUUCUCGACCAUCAUCUCUGGUGGCAUGGACCGCCGUGGCUAGGCGACAGUGAAGAGAAAUGGCCAGAGAAUAAGACUGCGAAAGGAAAGACUGGUGAAGAGAGAUCUUCACACGCAACAUCACUGAUGACCCAAAUCGAUGCUGACCCACUCACGCAUCUGCUGGAAGUCACAUCUGGAUAUCUUAGGAUUAUCCGGUUUGUGGCGUACUGGAUUAAAUUCUUCAAAAACCGACGAGUUGAGAAGAAAGAGCGACAAGCGGGUUUUCUGACAGUGAAGGAGUUGGAGGAGGCGAAAAUCCGCAUACUGAGGCACAUUCAAAGGAAGGCUUUUCCGAUUGAAUACAAGAGCUGUGGCAGGGGAGAACCUUUGCUGAAAUCCAGCAAGUUGCUAAAACUUGCGCCCUUUCUGGACAAGGAUGGCUUGUUGAGAGUCCAAGGACGAUUGGCAAACGCUGAGAUGAGCUACGCGACACAGCAUCCCAUCAUCUUGCCAUCAGAUCACAAAUUCGUCAGGGAAAUGAUCAUCUUCACUCAUGAGAUGAAUCUUCAUGCUGGAGCGUCAAUCUUGAUGACGGCUCUGCGAACUCGAUAUUGGAUUUUGGGACUCAGGAGCUUGGCAAAAGGCAUCACGAGGAAAUGUGUCAGGUGCAUCAAAGCCAGGCCCACCACGGAGACGCCAUUCAUGGGCGACUUGCCCGCCGCCCGCGUUCAGCAACAUCGAGCGUUCUAUCAAAGUGGCUGUGACUUCGCGGGACCCAUUAAAAUACGCGCAUCCAAGCUCAGGAAGGCACCAAUCAUCAAGGCGUAUAUCGCUGUUUUCAUCUGCAUGAGCACUAAGGCUAUGCAUUUGGAGGCAGUCAGCGAUCUCACCACGGAUGCUUUUCUCGCGGCCCAAAGGAGAUUCAGUGCGCGACGAGGACAUUGCCAUUCCAUCUUCUGUGAUAAUGGCACAAAUUUCUUGGGCGCUUCCGGAACAACACGAGCGGAGAGACUACAAGGCGUCAGAGCUCAUCGCGACAGGGUGACGUCGGAGAUGGCAGGAAAUGGAACAGAAUUCCAUUUUAUCCCUUCAUAUUCGCCGACCUUUGGCGGAUUGUGGGAGAGAGGUGUGUCGAAUGUGAAGAGACAUCUCCGCCGGGCAGUUGGUGAGUACAUCUUGACCUUCGAAGAACUGUCGACUGUCCUCGCGCAGAUUGAGGCGUGCUUGAACUCUCGCCCACUCUGUGCUAAGUCAUCGGAUAUGGAGGAUCUUGACCCGUUGACCCCUGGCCACUUCCUUGUGGGCCACGCGCUGAACUUGACACCAGAUCCAGAUUUGUUGAGUUCAAACCCGAAUCGUCUGAGUCGAUGGAUUCUGCUGCAGCGGAUGGUUCAGGACUUUUGGCGACGCUGGCAGCAAAAAUAUGUGACCACGCUUCAACAUCGUCCAAAGUGGUACAAGAAGACCCGCAAUCUCUGUGUUGGGGAUUUAGUGCUGCUUCGAGACAACACUUUCAAGCCCACCUUCUGGAGCAUGGGAAGAGUUCUGGAGAUUCACCCUGGCAGGGAUGAAGUAGUACGCGUGGUGACUGUGAAGACCCAGGAUGGAGUACAAAAGCGUGCAGUCAACACCCUUGCUUGGCUGCCCCUCGACCCGUUCUUGAGCCCCUCCAGGACUCAAGGGGGGGAAAAUGUGGAGAAUAUCGGCCUUGGUGUACAGCCGGGUGUCGAUCAGUGA